AUGGAGGCCUUCCACUGUGAGCCUUGUCAGAUUGUCGGGGUCGAAACCAAAGCACAUAACGAAGCAGAUGCUUUGGAAGAGCACACUCUCCCUUCUGAGACUUGGAGCAAAAAUUCAAACAAGGUCACAGGACCAUUCCAUUCUUCACAAAUGGUUGUUGAAGACUCAACCAUUUCCAUUCCUUUCUCUGAACCUUUGUUGAGCUUAAUUCUGAAAAUGCCAGCUUCCUUACAACCCUUGUGCUUUGGUGGUAGUCCAGUCACGUUACCUGUCGAAGUGCACCUAGCAGGGGGAGUAGAAGCUCAAACAAUAGCCACACCUGUAAUUACACCUACACCAGGCUGUCUCACUCAACCACUGAUCUUUGAUCAGCCACAUAUACAGUGUUUAAACCCUCUGUCCUCAUGUCCAAUCACUGAACAGCAGAACCUUCUCUGUUCACAGCAGCACAAUAAUGAACUCUCUCAGAACCUGUCUUUACAGAUGGGCCAAUCUCAGAGUGGUGAAAGGAAGUCAAAUAUAUCUCAACCCGUCGAGAACACAGCCAUGCACAGCUCUGAAUUUUUAACUGCUUUACAAGAAUCAUUUCCCUUCCUUAGAAACUACAGUUCCUCAGUUUGUCGAGGGAGUUCGUUCAGUACAGGUUUCAUCCUCCCAGACACCGCUUUGUCACACCUCUAUACCGGGUCUCCAUUGGUUUCCCUGCUUCCUCCUGCCACCUUACUAGUGCCCUUUCCAUUUGUUGUUCCUUUACCAGUGCCGCUACCUAUACCAAUCCCAAUCUUUCCAGACCCUGGUUCCCUCUCUAGAACAAGUCAUACCAUGAAAACAAGCAAAAGCAGCCAGACGAUGACCGAAGACAUUCCAGUGUGUACCCACAACAAAAUGUCUGGCUACGAUAUCCUGCAGUUCCCAGUACAACCUCCCACUCCAGUUUCUCAGGAACAAGUGCUUGACCUCACAGUUAAGGAUGUGCCAAUUCAAACAAAGCAGGAAGUCCAGUUUUCUUUCCAUCAAGACAAUGUUCUGGACCUUUCCAUGGCUAACAAAUCAUGCCUUGAGACAGGCCAAGACACUAAGCUAAAACAUCAUGGAAGGAAUUCAACAAAUGAAGAAUCAACAAAGCUGAUCCUCCCCGUGAAGUAUUCACAAACACAAGGGAUCAAUCAAUCGAAUAGUUACUCUGAUAUAGAGUUUAGCAUGCAAUACAAAUGGACAAAAAAAGAGCGUUGUGAAAAUUAUGCCAUAAAGUAUUCAGGCCAGAAUGGCAGAGUCAUGACUCCAAAGCAGAUACCAAGAGUCACUCGGUCUACCAAGGACACCUCGGUCAUGUUUUGUGAGAAACCACCACAGGGACAAGUUUUAAAGGACAGAGCUGUCAAGCAAAAGAGAGUGAAGUCUCAGAAUAUAAACAUUCCUCCAAUCAAGAAACAGCAUUUGAUGAAGUUUCUUCCUAGCAAGUAG